AUGCAGACCAUACAGCUAUCAUCCGAUGCAGACCUGCUGGACACAUCACUCCGUGAAUGGCCCAUUCCAGUACAGCGACAAGAGAGAAUCAUUUCAUACUUAUGGGGUAAAGGGAGCACCUACCGGAAGCGACAUUUACGCCCGUAUUUCGAAUAUUACACCGAACAAUGCACAAUUGCCACUCAGUCCUAUCAAGGCCUUCUUGUUGUCAAGACCCAUCAACACAUAAUCAAUAUUGCUACCCGCAUCCAAGCCGGAGAUUCGCGGUCCGAAGUACAACAAUUCGUGGCACGAUCCACAUGGACCGAAGACCAGACGUCAGAAAAGGGUAUCGACGCUUCGAUAGACCUAACCGUUCGUCUACUCUAUAUGAUCGAUGUUGGACAGCUUGAGAAUGCUUAUUCCGGGAGAGAAAAGCGACUCUGGACACACGGAAAUUUACAGGACUUCAUGCGGGAUACAUUCUCGGAAUGUACUUCUCUGGAAAAUGACGGUACCAGAUUGGAUAAGACUUUCCAGGUUUGCAAUAUGAUCCGUAUCGCAGGCUUCCAAGUGGAACCUACAUCCAACAUAUGCGAUCAUCUUCGAUUCACUGAUAUGAGUAAAACGGUGGAGGGCGAUAAAGAGACCGAGAAGUGGUAUAGGAAGCAUAACGGGCCUGAAGAGCUCGAUCCGAACAUAGUAAGAUGUGGGAAGAUUUCCAAGCAAAUAGAAGAUUACAAAUAUUGGCACGACCGGCUCAUUGUCCUAAAACGCGAGUUUGAUCACUCUCGGCCAUCGAAUAUGACACAGUGGUGGAAUGAUAGGCGGGAUGCCAGCCAGUGGUAUCCACUCUGGGUUGCAAUAUCUUUGACUGUCUUGUUCGGUCUCGUGCAGAGUGUUGAGGGUGCUCUGCAGGUUUAUAAAGCCUACAAGCCAUAG